AUGGCGAGUCAAGGUGUUUCUGACGAGUCGGAGUGGGAUAGCGAUACGACUUUUGUACCACAUAGAAGGGGGCAUAAUCAUAGUCAAUCACAACCCGACUUACCCACCAUGCGUGCCAAUUUGGAAGGUUGGGUCGAUACUGUAGCGAGAGUGAAUGGAACUUCUCCUUCUUCAUCCACUGUAGCCGUACGACCUGGACUUAGUCUUCCUACUAGUGAACCAAGUCGACAAUUGCUACCACAUGCCAAGACCCAAUCUCCUCAAACAUCUUCAAAUUCAUCCAUCGGGCAAGUUCGACCGCCGUCUCUCCCCGGUCCCACUGCCAAUCCUCAGAACUUCAAAACAUCACCUUCCGUCCAAACUAUUCGUCCCUCCCCUCCGCAGAUCAUCCAAAGACCUUUGACAACGGGCUCCCCUCCGACACCCACUUUCAAUCUAUCACCCGACUCUUCACCUAGUCGAUAUCGACCCAUGGGAGACAUGCCAAGUUCCGAAGAUGCAGAUGAUGAUCUUGAAAGCACAUCUGCUUCGUCAGAUUCUCUCUCCUUUUCUCCCAGACGGGCUCAACUACGAAGACGUAUGAUCCCGGAGGUCUCACGUGCAAAGGCUCUCGGAUUGUCACUCGGACCUGACGAUCCAGAUCUUCAUACAAACCUUCGAAGAAAUGCCUCAUUCAGACCUUUUGGAGUGGAUCCAGUGGAAUUGGCAAGCUUAUUGGAAAGUAGGCUACAACAGAGCUCAUUGUAUCCUUUAAGAAUGCUCGCGGUGGUACCCAGUGUUUGGGGGAUAUGUGUGUUGAUGCAGGCAUUCAUGACGGGAGGCUUGUGGGAAGAGGUCUGGCCUUGGGGAGUGGAUUGGAGAUUAGAGAUGGUGGAGAGGUUGUUACAAGGUGGACCGUACGAGGGUACUUGGUUGAAAGUUUCAAGAGGGGAUAUGGUACUUGCUAUGGCAUGGGCCGCAUGUACAGCACAUUUCUGUUUCUGUCUAACCACCGGACUUACCUAUCGUUGGCGAUCUUACUAUUCCCUCCUCUCAACCCUCACCCGUCUCCUCUCUCUUCAAUCUAUUUGCUGGCCCGCAACAUACGUAACACUUUGGUUCCUCGGUCCUCAUCGUCUUCUCCUCUGUUGGGUGGUUAUAGGUAUAUCAACCGGUUGGUCCCGUUGCGUCCAAAUGUGGGUGACGUCCAACGUCAUACCUCCAUCUCCCCGGGCCCGAGAGGGCGAUAUGACCCCAAAUUCAGGUACUCGAUCUCGAAAUUCACCAGCACUACGAUCAAUAUCCCUACGAGAUCAUCGAGGGUCUCCGGUCAUGCGUCCCGCUGGAUUGAGAGGGUGGGGAGCUUUCACCUAUGGUCGGAAAUGGGAUUGGGAUGCUGUGGCCAGUGAGGUAGGCUGGAAAGUUGGUUUUUUAUUGUUGAUCACGACUGCUUGGAUGUUUUGGGGAUUGGAGACGGGAAGACUUGUCAGGGUUUGA